GUCUGAGGUGUGUGUGCACCUUUGUUGGAAAUUCUUACAUUUUGUUUCCUCAGACAACAAGUUUGCUGGAUUAGAGAAAUUCAAGAAAGUUCCCAUUUGAAGAAAAACAAUGUCAUUCACAGGAACUCUUGAUAAAUGCACUGCUUGUGAUAAGACUGUUUAUGUGGUUGAUUUGUUAACUCUUGAAGGCAUACCUUACCAUAAAAAUUGCUUCAAAUGCAGUCACUGCAAGGGAACUCUCACGAUGAGCACAUACUCCUCAAUGGAUGGAGUCCUCUAUUGCAGGCCACAUUUUGAACAGCUCUUCAAGGAAUCUGGCAACUUCAGCAAGAACUUCCAGAAUGCAAAGUCUUCUGAGAAAAAUGACCUGAACAGGACCCCAAGUAGACUCUCUUCCAUGUUCAGUGGAACCUUGGACAAAUGUUCGGUUUGCUCAAAAACAGUGUAUCCACUGGAGAAGGUGACACUGGAGGGAGAAUGCUUUCACAAGAGUUGCUUUAGGUGUGCUCAUGCAGGGUGCCCACUGACACAUUCUUCCUAUGCUGCCUUAGAUGGUGUCCUCUAUUGUAGGCACCACUUUGCACAACUCUUCAUGGAGAAAGGGAACUACAGCCAUGUCCUCCAAGCUGCUGCUCACAAGAGGACUAACUCCUCUGAUCCUUCCGAGAUCCCCGACGAGACCGUGCAGCAGCCGGAGCCUGAGGCGGAACCUGAAGCCGACAAGGAAGAGAAGAAAGCGGAGGAUGAAACCGAGGAGGAGAAGAAAGAAAAAGAGGAAGAAGAAGAGGCUUCCUCUUGAAUGAAAAUAUAGGGAACAUGAUUUCAUUUUUCUCCCUUUCUUUCCAAAGCAAGAAAGGCUUUUUCUUUGCUCCAAUCCCGUUGUCAUCACACAUCUGAUCACUCAUUAUUUUUGAGUUUACUUGUUGUAAGAGGUUUGGUUUAUGUAUUCAAAUUAUUCAAAGUUUCAAACAACACAUCAA